AUGCGCACCUGGCGCGGCUUUGGCGGCCUGCCCACAGCUCCGCCUUCCCCAACCUCGCCCUUUCUCACACCGUCAACGUCGGCGCCACCGCCGUCAUCACCUUCCGAGGCGCUGCCCCGCGGCUGGCGCGUAACCGUCGGAUCUGCCGCCCACAGCCCUGGGGGUCGCAGCCUAGGUGCAAGUAGCCGUAGUCCCCACAGCGCGGCUGCCGCCGCCACCGGCGGCGGCAGCUAUGGCGGCGGCCCCGGCGAAGGCGGCAUGCCAUCCCCGGGGGGCGGCAGCCCAGGCCGCCGGGGAGUCUCACCGGUUCCUGCCGCUAGGAGCCGGCGGCGGCGGUGGCUGCUGGCGGCGGCGGCGGCGCUGCUGGCGGCGGCGUCACUCGUCCUGGCGUUCGUCAAGCCGUCAGCCGCUCCGGGCCGGCUGGGGUCGGGAAUGGCGGUGCUCGGAGGAGCAGCAGCAGCAACAGCGGUAUCUGCACUCGGAAAAAACUCCAAUACAUUGCUUGGCGGCGGCGGCGGAGGAGGAGGAGGACGAGGAGGAGGAGGAGGCGAGGAAGGAAGGGGAGGAGGAGCUGUCCCGGCCAGCGGCGGGGCGGAGUCCUCGGCCGCCUCCAAGGUGGGCGGCACGUACGGCAGCCCUGGCAGCAGCACCCGCCGCCGCGACGACGAAGACGGCGACGGCGACGGCGACACGCUGGGUGACGCGACCGAGGACGAGGAUACGGAAGUGUACGGCAGCAGCGGCAGCGGCAGUUCGAAAUCGGCGUCCGCUAGUGCCCGUGGUGGUGGCGGUGGUGGUUCCGGAGCCCUGCAUCAGGCCCGGGCGGCUCUGGCCGACCGCAAGGGUGGCGGCAUCCCUCGCAUCAUUCACCAGGUCACAGUCGUCACAGUCGCCACGGACGCCUUUCGGUCCUUCCGGCUCCUCCCGGUGCUCCGUGCCGACCUCGCGCGCUAUCUGGUGGUCUUCGCAUUCGGUGGCGUGUACGCGGACACGGACACGAUGUGCCUGCGCCCUGUGGAUGGCUGGACGGAUGACCUCUCACCCGCGAACGUAAGCGCCAUUGUGGGGGUGGAGGCGGACGCGGCGGACAUACCCCACUGGGAGAGGUACUGGGGUCGGCAGCUGCAGUUCUGUCAGUGGACCUUCGCCGCGGAGCCCGCGCACCCCUUGCUGGCGGCGGUGGUGUUCAGGAUCUCUCAGCUGUUGGAGCAACGCCCCGCGGAGCAGCUUAAUGUGGAUGACGUCAUCCAUGUGACGGGCCCAUCGGUCAUGUCGGACGCGGUGUACGAGUACCUGAAGUCCAAGGCAAGAGGAAGGGGAGGGGGCCAUGAGGGGCCCCUCGAGGGCCGUGACUGGCACGAGUUCCAGGGACUGACCCAUGGGACACUGGUGGACGAUCUACUGGUGCUGCCCAUCACCGCCUUCAGCCCGGGGGUAGGCCACAUGGGCGCUGGACCCGUGGGUCACCCCGAGGCGCGAGUGCAGCACUUGUUCGGGGGCAGCUGGCGCAAGCAGGGCGUCCCCAGCGUUGACGGCGCCAGCAGGCGAAGAGACGGCCCCCGCGGGUCCUCAUAA